GGUGCCGCCAGCCAGCGGGCCAGGCAGGCGGGGGCGGCGGCGCACCCCGGCAUGGCGGCGAACUUUCUGCAGGAACACCAGCACAUGGCACAGAUGGCGCAGCUGCGGCAUUUGCAGCAGCAGCUGCUGGUGCAGCAGAUGACGUACCAGCAGGCGGUGAUGAGCCCCUCGCAGCACGGGCAGCUGCAGGCCUCCAGCACGUCCGGCGAGUGGGUCAACGCCGUGCUCGCGGCCGCGCCGUACAUGGACGCGGAGAGGUUGAAGAAGGCUUUGGCAAUCUUGGACAAGGCGGUCAGCAACCUCCAGCAGAUCAAGGCGCUCGACGGCAUCAUCGCGAGCACGUACAUGGCUGGGGGCAUCUUCACUGCGAUGCCCCACCUUCACGCGGCGGAGCACAUGAAGGCGCAGGUCUUCGAGAAGCAACAG